AUGACCGCCCCGGCAUCGUCCGCGCCGCGAGGCACAGCCCUGACCUCGUCUGCAUCCGCGUCCCAGGUCACCGCGUCUGUGAUCAAGUUCCGCUGUCUCUACACACACGAUCUGCGCCGGAAGUCCAAACGCUGGCAGGAUGGCUAUCUUCGAUAUCACGCGUUUAACAAACGCGUCAUGGUCUACGAUGAACCCGGGAACUACAUUGGCGAUCACCACUGGCGGUCCAACGACGAGUUGCAGGAUGGCGACGAGCUGGAACUGGACAAGGGCGCGUUGAUCCAGGUCGGCGAGCGGAUGGGAACGACUCUGACAGAUCUCUCAAAUCUGUUCGAGAAGCGGAAAUCUAGCCAGGGUUCCCCGCAGGCGAAUGAUCCCGCGUCCCAGACACCGCGUCCCUCAGCGCAAAUUCGAUCUUCGGGCUCGUCACAGCCGUUUCGAUCGCUGAGUGACCUGUUGGGGAUCAAGAAAACACCGAUUGGGCAUUUGGUCUCACCGUAUGAAGAACGUCACCGGCCGCGGCCGUCGUCGAAUAUCCCCGAAUCGCCGGAACGAACACUGAAACGGCAAAAAGUGUCUUCGAUCGAGAAAACGCCUGUGAAGAAGCAGGACGCUCAGGCGGAGGUCGUUGAUUUGACCGAGUCAGUAGACGAUCCCUUGGUAGCGAAAGCAUCGACAGCUAUUUCCGGACGGGAAGCACCCCGGCCCCCGAAAGACUCGGGACAGAACAAAUCGGCUCCGCCAGUGAAGAACCCGCGAAGGGUGCCAGAACUGGCCAAUUCAGCGAGUCCCAACCAACCGACAUUCGUAAAACCUGCCUUGCCACCCUUUUCGGACUCAUCGAGAAGUCGCCCCUCACAGCCCAUGCCGUCUGCACCACACACGGGCGCGCAAAGAGAAAACCCUGAAGCCCGUAGGCCUACGAGUAAAGCUGCCACGUCCAAGUCACGGCCGACACCGGAGAGCUCAUCAGAAGCCCCAAUCAAAACGCUGCGGAUGGCUAUUGAAAAGCCACGCCGGAAGUUGAUGUACAGCGCCCUUCUACCCGGUGACAUAUCUCCCAAAACAGCCCUAGGGCCGUCAUCAUCGUCCCCUGCGAGCCGAAUCAAAACUCCGCUUCAAGAAAUUGAGCCCACAAAUGCUGAAUUUAUGCCUUCAGACUCGACCCAAUUCAUCCUGGAAGAGAUGAUAGGCGGUCCAAGCCUGGAGCCGGGCCCAGGUCGCAGAAUACCCAACCCAGUACGCGCCCACCAACCUCUGUCCUUGCCGCGAAAAUUGCCAGCAAGGAGAGCCCCCGAUGCCCCCCUCCGCAAAUCUGUAUCAGAUCCGACUGCUUUGACGGCUCUCCAGUCAAGGCCGACAGUUACUCGGAGCGCAUUAAGGGCAGUUCCCGAGCAACCCGAGCAAAUCGAGGAAGGCCCCUGGACGUCUGAGGCACUGGACUUGUUUGACUUUUGGCCCCCCGGUCGGCCGAAACCCGGUUCAGUGGUGUAA